AUCAUAUAAAAUACACAGAGUUGCAAAGUGGAGGAGGAAUCGAGGAAAGCCGGAAAUGAAUAUGCAAAAAAGGUAGAAGGGAUAUGAAAAAUGCAAAUAGCCAAAUCGAGUUCAAUAAGAAAUGCAGCUAACCCGACCGUAUUUACACAAUUCGACAUGCAUGGCAGUGGCAGGGCAUGAAGCUGGAGCAAAAAUCCGAAUACAAAUGCGACUCACAGGGCAGAUUGCUAAUUGUGGCUUACUGGCAACCCAGAGGAAGAGGCAAGGACAUACCCAAGGGUGGGAAUAAAAAAUGCAUUAAGUGCAACCGCAAAACAGAGUCAAAAGAAAAAACCAAUCAAGCGUCGAAAAUAAAAGGAAAUUGCACAUACGGAGCAACUAAAAACAAAAAAACAAAGGGACGACAAAACGAGUUAGGGAAUGGAAAAAUUGAUUUUUGUGGUCUGCAAAACGGAUAUUGAUCGUAUAUGACAUUAAAUCGUAUUUGAAGUACGGCGUGCUGUUCAAUUAUUAACUGAUUUUUCAAUAAACAAAUACAAUUGUGGGCAAUACAAUCAAACAGAAUGCAACGGUCAGCGAUUAAACUGCGACGACUUCUCGUCAUUGCCGCUGUUUAUUUAGCCAGUUUGCCAGGACUCGCUGUGGGUCUGCGCAAUGUCAACGUUCGGAUACCAUCCGCCGUCAAGCGCGGCGAUAAUGCGCUCUUAAUCUGCAAUUAUGACAUCGAGAACGAUACGCUUUAUUCCGUAAAGUGGUACCGGGGACGGCGGGAGUUCUAUCGCUACACACCGAAGGAGAAUCCAGCCUGGAAGACGUUCAGGAAAACAAACGAAAUAGACGUAGAGACCGACCAUUCGAAUGCCAGUCAUGUUUUCCUGCGAAAUGUGCCCACCUCAAUUUCGGGCAAGUUUGCCUGCGAAGUUUCCGCCGAUGCCCCCGGCUUUGACACUUACAUCGUUGCCGCCGACAUGGAGGUGGUGGAGUUGCCCACCCAACGACCUAUUAUCACCGGCAUCCAUUCCCGCUACCGUUUGGGCGAUGUGGUGAACGGAAACUGCUCAUCGGACUACUCCAAGCCAGCGGCUAACCUCACCUGGUGGAUCAACGAUAUACAGGUGCCUCCCAAUUACCUACGCAUCUACGACAUCCAGCGUCAUGUGGCCGAGCAUCUCGAGUCGGCUGUCUUGGAGAUCAACUUUGUGGUAACCGUGCAUCACUUCAUUAAGAGCCGCAUGAAGCUCAAGUGCUCCGCCCGCAUACAUGAUAUCUAUGCACAGGAGACCGAGAAAAUAAUUGAAGAGGAUCGCCCCAGGAUACUGGCGUCAGGACGUUCUCCCGACAUUAAUAUGUUCCCCUUCGAUCAGCCUGGCGGUGUAGAUGAACACAACGAACUUUUCCUGAUACAUUCAAAUGUGGCUGCUGCACGCUUCUCUAGCCCGACCCUGCUCCAGCUCCUGUGGCCCGGCCUAUGCCUUGUGGGGGCCUGGGGGAAUCUGAACAGGAACCUGGAGCGGUGAUAAGCUGGCCACUGGCAGGAGAGAAUGACUUCAAGAGGGGCUCCCGAGGGAAUACCCGGCACGGGCUCAGCAAUUAUGGAACCCAAAAUUAGCAAAUCGCAUAGCAAAUCAACAGUGAAAGGUCCUCAGCAAACCGGAUAUACCUACUCAUAUACACCUA